CUAUACUGUAAGACAUAAUUAUUUAUCUCAUCAAGAAUAAUGAUGACAUUAGCUUCUUCAUCUUUCUGCAAUUCCCCUUGUUCACUAAUUCAUUUCUCAACAACAACAAUCAAUCCAUGUCUACACAAUUUCACUACACUCUCUUCUUCUUCUUCUUCUUCAAGAAAGGGAAAUUCACUUGCAAGUCGUAGACUUAGAAUUGUAGCUGCUACUGAAGGCUCUGCUGAGAAAUCUAAGGAAAAAGAAGAAGACCCAUCGGUUCCAACAUGGGCUAAACCUGGUACAGAUGAACCUCCACCAUGGGCUAGAAAUGAAUCCCAGAAAGAUUCUUCAAGUGUUCAAGUUCCCUUCAUUGUUUAUUUGCUUGCUUCUGCUGUUACAGCAAUUGCGGCGAUUGGUUCUAUUUUUGAGUACUCAAAUCAGAAGCCUGUGUUUGGAGUUUUGGGCUCAGAUAGUGUUUUUUAUGCUCCAUUGCUUGGAUUCUUUGUUUUCACUGGCAUUCCCACUUCUGCAUUCCUUUGGUUCAAAGCAGUACAAGUUGCUAACAAGGAGGCAGAGGAACAAGAUCGCAGGGAUGGAUAUAUGUAACAUCUAGUAUGCAAUUUUUAGUUUAUAUCUGCAGCAUCUUGUAUGCAUUUUUCAGAUGCUAUUGGUGGCUGUUUAAAAAAAAAAUAUCAUGGAAAGUGGAUAUUUUCACGAGGUUUAAUUUUUCUCUAGUUUUGAGCAGCAUGUGUGUACAAGUUGUCUUCUCAAUACCUGUCAUUCCACUUCAUCAAUUUUGUAUUGACUACUUGUCUAAAAGUCUUGGAUUACAAGACUUUACCA